AUGUCCUUCCAAGAUAAAGCCCAACAUCUUGUUUCCCAGCUCGACAAAGAGCUUUCCAAAUAUCCAGCUUUGAACAAUCUAGAGAGUCAAACUGGUGUUCCUAAGGUUUACGUUAUUGGUGGAUUGGGAUUCGUUUACUUCUUCCUCAUUUUCAUCAACUACGGAGGUCAAUUCUUGACGAACUUGGCUGGAUUCCUCAUUCCUGGCUACUAUUCACUUAACGCUCUCUUUACUACAACUAAAGUUGACGAUACCCAAUGGCUCACUUACUGGGUUGUUUUCGCCUUUUUCAACGUUCUUGAAUCUGCGUUUUCUGUCACAUACUGGCUCCCAUUUUACUUCGUUUUCAAGUUCGGCUUGAUCAUGUGGCUGGGAUUGCCCCAGUUCAGCGGUGCCCAGGUCGUUUUCCGCUCUUUCCUUCUUCCCGUUUUUUCGAGGAGAUUCGCUGGAUCCAACACCAACCCUGCAUCAGCCAACCUUCGCGCGAAGGCCGACGCCGCUGGCCUUGACAAGUCUUUGUAA